UAGCUAUGCGUCAAUAAACACGAAGAAGAAGCGCGUCGGGAGGAAAACAUGGCGUCCGCCGCAGACUGCGGAGGGAAACCUCUGCAAAACGCCAUGAAAAUGGCCAAAGUCGCGAUCCAGCUGGACGGAGGAAGCAAACACAAGGAGGCUUACUGUGAAUACCUCCGGACCAUCAACUACAUAUCACACGCACUGCUGGAGGAAGCUGCACCGCAACAGGAGAAGGAGAGGGAGGUGGUGGUGGUGGAGGUGGAGCGGAUGUUGAGGCUUGCUGAGCAGUGUCUGGAGCGAGCCAAGUCCUUUAUAGAGAAGAGUGCUGACCCCCUUGACCUCUCAGCCGCCACUUCCUGUUCAACUGCCCAAUCAGAACCCCAUCAGACCACAGACCUCCCAGUUGCCACAGCUGCAGACACUGGAACGAGCCCAACCAAGACCGGUCACCGCCGGUCGGUGUCAGACGGCGGCGGGGAGCCCCCCCCGUUCCUCCCCCCCGACGUCUUCCAGAAGCUACAAACCGAGGAGUCACAUGACACGAGCAAAAAGGCGCUGACACCCAUUGAACAAGCUUCGCGUCUGAACCAGAAGUUAAAAGCAAACUAUGAAGCUCGUCUGGCGAGACUCCCCCCGGGACAGGCCAAUCAGAAGACGUCUCUGAAGCUGUCCCUCCAGCGGCAGAUGAUGGAGAACCUCAUCAUAGCCAAGGCGCGGCAGGAUGCUCUGCAGAGGAAGAUGGAGGAGCGGAGACUCCGGCUGCAGGAAGAAGCCAACAGGAGGUUCUCAGCGUCUGGGGCGAUGACUGCAGAGGAGCAGGAGCAGCGAUCUCUCUACACCAACGUGCUGGAGUAUGAGCAGGACCAUGAUUGGCCCAAACUGUGGAAAGCAAACAUGGAGGGGAAUCCUGAGGAUGUCACCUUAGUGUCCCGUCUGGUCUCUUACCUGCUCAGCCGGUCCGACCAUCCGGUGGUGAAGCUGCUGAGGAAACAUCAGUACCGUGUUUACAACCGGCUCUACCCCAUCGUGAGUAAAGGGCGGAGUCCUGCUCUGCUGCUCCGACCUGCUCCUCCUCCAGAGACCCAGAGGAGGAGCGUCAGCACCGUGAGCUUCAGCACCGGCCCGUCGUCCUCGCCGUCUCGUGACUUCCACUCUGACGAGGAGGGGGAGGAGCCUCACACCCAGGCGUCAGUGGACCGGGAGAACUCGUUUGAAGAUCUUGAGCAGUUUCUGACUCAGCUGGACUGGACUCCGCCCAACGGCAGCGCAGAAGACGCCUCCGAGCCGACCUGUGACCCCUCGACCCUGAGCGAGGGCCACGUCCAGGGGCAGGAGAUGAGGGCCCUGAAGGAACAUCUGAAGGCCACCGUGAAAGACAUUCACAUCGCCAUCGAUCAGCUGCUGUCUCUGUGUCUGCUGUCGUUUGAGUGUCUGAACACGUCCAGCUCCAAAGACCUGUGCCUGGCCAGCAUCGAGGAGGCCUUCUUCACCCCCCUGUGGAGCGCCCUGCUGACGCUCUUCAGGAAGGUCAACCUGGAGAGAGAACAGGCCUUUGAGACGAGUAUGACACUUUACCAGGAGGCCUCACCUGGAGACAUUGGCGUUCCCCUGAAAUUAUUCCCCCAAGAACCCGAUGCACUGCACGGUUCCUACCCCUACGAGUCGGCUGUUCAGGAGCUCAAGCUGCUCCUGAACGACUGCUGCCCUCAGAAGAAGCUGGAGUGUAUCGUUCGAACCCUACGUGUGAUCUGUGCCUGUGCAGAGGACUACAGGUGUCUGCACGAGGGCGACUCCGCUCACAGAACUGCCGCCAUUGGAGCAGACGACCUGCUGCCCAUCCUGUCCUACGUGGCCCUGCGGAGCCAGUGUCCUCAGCUGCUGUCUGAAUGUGCGGCUCUGGAGGAGUUCAUUCACGAAGGCUACCUGAUCGGAGAGGAGGGCUACUGCCUGACCUCGCUGCAGAGCGCCUUGGCCUACGUGGAGUCUCUGCACUCAGCUGCAGCUCCGCCUCCUGAGGACAAGCUCGGAUGAGACGGGAAACGAGUCAAACCUGUUGGAACUGAGGUUUAAAUGUGAAUGAGACGAACGCAUGUGCUUCAGCAGAGUGUGCAUGUGGGGGGGGGUGGGGGUACUGUAUAAAACCUGAAGGGACAGAAUGUGGGAAACGGCAGCAGAACCAACUUCACACUGAGGAACUGGAAUCAGGAUUUUCACUCCGGAGACUUUAGAGCUGAAAUGAAUGAACUUUGGCUGAUGAGGCGUUCAGGGGUCACUGGAUAAUUGAGUUGUUGGAGGUCAGGCAGUGGAUGAGCACAGGAGGAACUGUGCUGUGAAGUGACUUUCACACGCAGGAGACAUGAGAGCUGCUAUUUACUGUAGGUUAGAAAACUGUUGCACUUUGUCGGUUACUGAGUUUUGCCUCCGUCACAGUCGACCUUUUGAUUUUCAGUUUUCAUUCUUAUUUUUAACAAAGCAAAGCUAAAAGUUUCACAGCCUUUUAUACUUUUACCCGUUUCUCCGUGAAAACCCAACUGAUACUUAUGAGGUCUACGAUGGUAAAGGGAUUGUGUCAUAUUGAUGAGUUCAUACUUUUAAAUUUGUUUAAGAUCUUCUAACUGUUUGGUUUUUUAAAUCCGUGCAGACCUGAGAGACUGGUGUGUGUUUUGGUUUUAGCUUGAACGUAAAAAUGUGUCUUUAGACGAAUGAGACUAAAAUAACAUGAAACCAACUUGAUGGUCACAUCCUGAGCAGACUUCUCAUCUUCUCACUUCACUGCAGAACAACCAGUUUUAUAUGUUUUAUUUCAUGUGCUUUGUUUUUCUUUAAUUUACUUUUUUUAAUGAAUUAAAUUUAGUCCAGAUACAAAAGAAGUGAAACAAUGUCUGUUAUUUUUACAUAACUACUAAAAACACAAGUGUAUGUAAUAACCGUGAAUGUAAUAAUAAUGUAAAUGGCAGAACGCUGUGAUAUUUUGCAAAGUGGAUGAAACCACUCGUGUAAAUGAAUUGUACAUUUUGUUAUAAUGUGAAUAUUAUUUCAUUAUUAAACUAAUUUACUGUGAG